AUGCCGCCUAAAACAGACAGCAAAGAAAGCGAAGAUGAAGACGAUGAGAAUAAAGAAAAAGAAGGCAUGCAUGAACAAAAUAAAGAUAAGAAGGACAUAGUUCCCUACAAAAAGAUAAUGAUUAACGGAAUAGGGGUUAUGGCUCUUAUAGAUACUGGAAGUGACGUAAACCUAAUUACAAAAUCAGAAUUUGAGAAGAUUAAGGAUAGUAUUGAAGACUACAAAACGAAAUCGACUUGUCUAACAGGAAUAGCAGAAAAUAAAGUCAAUACGGCAGGAAUAUUCUCAGCCAUAGUCCAGAUUGACCAGUACCAUGCAGAUGUAAAGUUCUGUGUCGUAAAGGACCAUGACAUACCCGUAACUGUUGUAAUUGGAAAUCCUAUACUCAAAGAUUUUGAAGUGCAUUUUCCUCCCGAUGGUGUCUAUAUGGAAAAAAUUAUGCACCUCACCCUUCUAGUUGAAGACAAUAAAGCUAAUUAA